CAUUUUGUAGAGCGAACAUGGGCACCUACGUAUCCCAGAGGACACCGUGUUAAGACAAUUAAACAACGCAAAACGGUUGGAACUAUAUACAAGAUAUUUAACAUCGUUACAAACACAUUGUACGGAGGUGUUACGGAUAGGAAAAAUGACCGAUGGUGGAUGGAAUGUUUGUCAUGACAAACCUUAUAGGCCUCCUUUUCCUUGUUUAGUUUAUUCAUUUGGAAUCAACAAAGACUUCAGUUUUGAUGAUUUUAUAGUAAAAACCUACGGAUGUGACGUCCACUCUUUUGAUCCAAGUAUCGGGAAACCAGAUUUUAGACGCGGAGACCAAAUAUGGUUCCAUAACCUGGGAUUGAGCAGCGUAACGGGCAAAUUAAGAAAAUGGAAAGUCUCCACAUUAAAAGAUAUAGUUGAUAAUUUGAACCAUACUUCAAGGAAUGUUAACAUUGUAAAAAUGGACAUAGAGUUCUCAGAAUGGACCUCUCUCCCAAACAUUAUCAAAACCGGAACUCUAAGAAAUACCAAACAGUUGUUAGUAGAAUUCCACGGAUCAUCAGCGUCAGUGGAAAAGUUACAAACCCUUAGAAACAUAUAUAAUGAAGGCUUCAGAAUUUAUUGGUAUCAUAGAAAUCCUAGACAAGGAAAUUUACUGCAAGGGAGAUUUGUCCAGAACUCUGCAUGUUAUGAAGUAUAUUUUCUUCGUAUAUAAUGCUGUAUGUAUUAUCAUAAUUUUACUAUAAUACAUGUAUCUAAAGUAUA